CUUUUCAAUAACGACCUUUGCCUCAUCUCCUGCAAACAUCAGCUGCUUGACUUGGCUUGACACUGUCUUCAAACAUAUACACAUUUACAUAUAACACAGCAUAAUGUCAUUAGAAAAAGACAAUGCCUGAUGAGGCAUUGCUAAAGUCUUUCCAUGACCAGGUUCUCGCUCGACCAGAGGUUUUCCUUACAAAGUCUGAGACUUCGGCUGAGGCAAGCCAAAGCCAUCACAAAAUACCUCUAUGACCUUGAUGGGCAAGUCAACUGAAUCUGGAUCACUCAAGAAACAUGGCUCCAUGUUAGAAGAAUUAUUUAUCGAUGGCUUUGAUAACGACCAAAUCUGGGAAGAGAUUCAUAUGCAAAAUACGCCUUUCCUAUCUUACCUCAAGCUAGAACUUAAAAACCUUAAAUCUAACAAUCAGGAACACCAUCGUCAAAAGCAGCAGCUAGUGAUGAUGAUGAGGACGAGAAUAAGGGGGGAAGAAAGCAUGUCAAGAAAAAGGACCAAGACCUCAGAAGUGGAUGAUGAUUUUUUUAAUCUUGAGGAGUUCAAUGCCUUAACAGAGAAACAGGAGCAGGAUGAGCUGGAAGACAAGGAACCCGAAGAUGAUGAUGAGGAGAUUGACUACUUUGCAGAUCCGGAUGUUAUUGAAAGUGGUGAUGAGGAUGACGAUUUCGGAAACAUGGGCGAGAAUGAGGAUGAAGCAGAUGCUCACGACGUGACAUACAAGGACUUUUUCGCUCCACCACCAAGAGGAACGACUAACAGGUUUAAGGCUCAACGCCCAUCAAAAAAUAAUGAAGACUCUUUUGGUAAAGCUGAAAAUAGCGAUGAUCUGGAGAUGGAAGACGCUGAUGAAGAUGAUGAAAAUGCAGAGAUCAAUGAACUCGGUGAUAGGGUCUCUAAUCUCUUUGGAAUAGACGAAGCGGAAGAUGAUGAAGCAGAAAAACUGUCAAAGUUUGAAAAGCAACAGAGGAAACUCAAGGCACAGAUCGAGGCAUUAGAGCAGGAGAAUGUUGCAGCUAAAGACUGGACCAUCAAAGGAGAGGCAUCAUCUUUCAGAUCGUCCUGUCAACACGAAGCCUAUUCCUGUUAUCACCGCAGAGACAACACAGACGUUAGAAGACAUGAUCAAGGAACGUAUCUUGGCUGGGCCUGUGUUGAAAUCACACAAUUAUGGCAACAGCUUUGCCAAAAGCUUGAUUCGCUCAGCAAUUGGCAUUACACACCCAAGCCACCCAAGGCUGAACUCACAGUGGUUACGAAUGCACCAGCGAUCAGUAUGGAGGAAGCUAUUCCUGUCAGUGUUGCUGAUGCGGCACUAUUAGCCCCAGAGGAAGUCUACUCUGCAGGUAAACAACCCAUCAAGGGCGACACUGAGAUGGAACAGGCUGAUAGGAAACGGAAGCGUGCUCAGGCUAAAAAGGCCAAGAAGGUCGAGAUCCGAGAAAAGGCUCGCAAGGAAGCAGAACGCAAAGCCGAAAGGGAGGCCAGAGACCGGAGAUUGGGUCGCCAGCCUGGGGACAAAGGGAACUCCAAGACAGUGGUGCGCGACAAGAUGGAUGCUAACAUCAGCUUCAUCGAUCGCGAGGGCAACAAGAGGUCAAGUAUCAAGAAUGGUUCAUCACAAGCAGAAAAUUCCAAAGGCGCCAAGCUCAAGUUGUAAUAUCAUUACCUUUAUUAUUAUUAUUAUUAUUAUUAUCUUUCAUCGCCAUCGUCAUCCUCAUCAUCAUUGUCAGCAUCAACUCUUUCUCUUCGCCUUUUCCUACCCCCCUUUUUUUUACUGCUUUAUACACCAUUAUCGCCUUUCAAUCUGUCAUCCACAUGUUCGCAUUUUCUAGAUUACAUUAAAUAUUAAA